AUUCCUAUCAGGACUAGUGUGAAUUUUAUUCCUAUCAGGACUAGUGUGAAUUCUGUUAGAAUUUGAACGACGUGUAUGUACUAUGAAUGAAGGUGGAAAUAACACAGGAAGGUUUCUGUGUAGCUGUGUUGCAUGUCACAACAGGAGAAAUCAAAGCAGUCCUGAUUUAAGACAAAGUUCCGUGCCAACAGACCCAAGAAGAGCUACUUAUCAUAUGAACACAUUCACGUCUCCAGCUGCAGGUUCUCCAAAUCAUCUGUACAAUGAAAUCCCUUCUAGAACAUUCCAGUCUCAAAUGAGUUCCUAUCUACCUCCAGCAUACGUCACACCAAUCUUUAGAAAUACUCAUGGUCAGGUAUAUAGUGGCACACACUCUAGACCCAGCCCAGCAAGAGGACCAAUGCAGAUAAGAUCCUACACGCCUCCCUCAAGUAGGACGUGGGCAUCACAAGACACAUUUGAAGAUCUGCAUAGCCAGACCACACCUGAUACAGUGGCCUUACCUGAUCCAAAUAAUUGGAUAUACAGGAUCAAUAACAUUAUUUCAUCUGAAAUAAGGAUCUUAACAAGUGCCCCUCAGCGGAUCAACAACACGAUGCCGUUAAACGAUCUGCCAGUGAUUCGUCAGACAUUGGAUGUGAUUUCAAGUGUGUCAACAUUUCCAACACAGCCGUCAUCUACACCGUCAAGCAAUUUACUAUCUUCAAAUAAUCCACCUUACUUGAUGCCUAACACUGCACCAAACACAUCUCAGUUAUCUCUAUUACCAAAUAAUCCACCUUACUUGAUGUCUAGCACUGCACCAAACACACCCCAGUUAUCUCUAUCACCAAAUAAUCCACCUUACUUGAUGUCUAGCACUGCACCAAACACACCCCAGUUAUCUCUAUCACCAAAUAAUCAACCUUACUUGAUGUCUAGCACUGCACCAAACACACCCCAGUUAUCUCUAUCACCAAAUAAUCAACCUUACUUGCCAAAUAAUCCACCUUACUUGCCAAAUAAUCCACCUUACUUGAUGUCUAGCGCUGCACCAAACACACCUCAGUUAUCUCUAUUACCAAAUAAUCCACCAUCCUUGAUGUCUAGCACUGCACCAAACACAUCUCAGUUAUCUCUAUCUCCAAAUAAUCCACCUUACUUGAUGUCUAGCACUGCACCAAACACAUCUCAGUUAUCUCUAUCUCCAAAUAAUCCACCUUACUUGAUGUCUAGCGCUGCACCAAACACAUCUCAGUUAUCUCUAUCACCAAAUAAUCCACCUUACUUGAUGUCUAGCGCUGCACCAAACACAUCUCAGUUUUCUCUAUCUCCAAAUAAUCCACCUUACUUGAUGUCUAGCGCUGCACCAAACACACCCCAGUUAUCUCUAUCACCAAAUAAUCCACCUUACUUGAUGUCUAGCACUGCACCAAACACACCCCAGUUAUCUCUAUUACCAAAUAAUCCACCUUACUUGAUGUCUAGCACUGCACCAAAUACAUCUCAGUUAUCUCUAUCACCAAAUAAUCCACCUUACUUGAUGUCUAGCGCUGCACCAAACACAUCUCAGUUAUCUCUAUCUCCAAAUAAUCCACCUUACUUGAUGUCUAGCACUGCAAACACAUCUCAGUUAUCUCUAUCUCCAAAUAAUCCACCUUACUUUCCAAAUAAUCCAUCUUACUUGAUGUCUAGCACUGCACCAAAUACAUCUCAGUUAUCUCUAUCACCAAAUAAUCCACCUUACUUGAUGUCUAGCGCUGCACCAAACACAUCUCAGUUAUCUCUAUCUCCAAAUAAUCCACCUUACUUAAUGUCUAGCACUGCACCAAAUAGAUCUCAGUUAUCUCUAUCUCCAAAUAAUCCACCUUACUUAAUGUCUAGCACUGCACCAAAUACAUCUCAGUUAUCUCUAUCUCCAAAUAAUCCACCUUACUUGCCAAAUAAUCCACCUUACUUGAUGUCUAGCGCUGCACCAAACACAUCUCAGUUAUCUCUAUCACCAAAUCAUCCACCUUACUUGAUGUCUAGCGCUGCACCAAACACACCUCAGUUAACUCUAUUACCAAAUAAUCCACCAUCCUUGAUGUCUAGCACUGCACCAAACACAUCUCAGUUAUCUCUAUCUCCAAAUAAUCCACCUUACUUGAUGUCUAGCACUGCACCAAACACAUCUCAGUUAUCUCUAUCUCCAAAUAAUCCACCUUACUUGAUGUCUAGCGCUGCACCAAACACAUCUCAGUUUUCUCUAUCUCCAAAUAAUCCACCUUACUUGAUGUCUAGCGCUGCACCAAACACACCCCAGUUAUCUCUAUCACCAAAUAAUCCACCUUACUUGAUGUCUAGCGCUGCACCAAACACACCUCAGUUAUCACUACAUAUCCCAUCGGCCACAGUUCAAGAGUCUUCCAUAGAUUCUAGCAAUCAAGAUUAUGAAGUCACAGAGAUUGCCUACGUUCAAAGAGACUCUGGUGUAAAUAGUUUUACUGGACACUAUUUCUUUCUUCCAUUCACAUUAGAAUUUAAUAAUAAUACCAAUGAACACAUGGCUGGAGCUAUGGAUUACACUGAAGGGAACAGUGAAGCAGAAGUUGAUACGAACUUACGAGAAGAAGUUUCCAUGCCUGAGGAGAGCCUGUCCAGUCUGCCGGACUCCUUCCGAAUAUAUUUUAGGCUUCAAAUUUUGGAUAGUAUGUCCACUGUCAAAAAAGAAGUUAAUAGAAUCUCACCGCCUCACGAACACUCUCUGGAAACCAAUUCGUCCAAUCCAGCACCUUCUGUUGCUUUGGCUUCGCUUGAGACGCAUCUUGAAACCUUAUCCAUAUCUGAUACUCCUAUUGGGGACCACAUGAGUUCUACCCAUAUACCGGCUCAAACGAGGGCAUUGCCACAUAUUGGCGGAACACACGCCGAGACAAACAGUUCAUUGGACCCAUCGGCUCUAGACCAAGAAUCUAACACAUCUUCAUCGGGUGGUCAAGCUUUUGAGGUGCCAACACUUGAUCUGCAAGCAAUAUCUGAACACAACUCUGGGGAACAAGCAGAGAAUGAUUCACUCGCCCAUGCAAACACUGAAAAUAUUGACAGUGAAGUACAACUCUGUCCACUUAAUGACACGGAUGGAUGCGUUGGUGAUUGUCCAUAUUUACACGGCCCUCUGUGUCCCUUUUGCCACAUGAGCAGACUGAAUCCUCAAAAACCAGAUCUGCAUCUCGUGAGAAGUUCACCGCCUCAUGAACACUCCCUGGAAACCAAUUCGUCCAAUCCAGCACCUUCUGUUGCCUUGGCUUCGCUUGAGACGCAACUUGAAACCUUUGCCAUAUCUGAUACUCCUAUUGGGGACCACAUGAGUUCUACCCAUAUACCGGCUCAAACGAGGGCAUUGCCACAUACUAUCGGAACAUAUGCCGAGACAAACAGUUCAUUGGACCCAUCGACUCUAGGUCAAGAAUCUAACACAUCUUCAUCGGGUGGUCAAGCUUUAGAGGUGCCAACACUUGAUCUGCAAGCAAUAUCUGAACACAACUCUGGAGAACAAGCAGAGAAUGAUUCACUCGCCCAAGCAAACACUGAAAAUAUUGACAGUGAAGUACAACUCUGUCCACUUAAUGACACGUAUGUAUGCUUUGGGGAUUGUCCUUAUGAGCACGGCCCUCUGUGUCCCUUUUGCCACAUGUACAGAAUAAAUCCUGACAAACCCGACCUGCAUGUCUUGCCCAUCGACACACCUAGCCAAUUGGCACAUCUAGCCCAUUGGCACACCUCUAUUGGCACACCUAGCCUAUUGGUACAUCUAGCCCAUUGGCACACCUCUAUUGGCACACCUAGCCCAUUGGCACACCUAGCCCAUUGGCACACCUCUAUUGGCACACCUAGCCCAUUGGCACACCUAGCCCAUUGGCACACCUCUAUUGGCACACCUAGCCCAUCGGCACACCUAGCCUAUUGGCACAUCUAG